GAACGACACAUAAGUGGCAUGAAACGCCUGAUGUCGCAGUCUCAAGACAGUCAAAGGAAUCAUCUGAAGCUGAACCGACUUCGUUACUAAGCUUGUUGGCAACCAGCUAAUAUUUGCAUUCAUAUCUAAACAGACUAGAUUGGGUAAUGUAUAGAUAGUGCUUUGUGAAGCAAAAUGCUACGGGGGCAGUUAUUUAGCUAACUAAACGUCAGUUAAAACAUUUAGCAGCUAACUGUUGCUAGAGUUGCGUAGUGUUAGCCAGCUAGUUAAGGCGUCUUUAGACUAUAUAGACGGCUGUUUUAAGAGAUUUAUAUAUAUAGGGCAAAAUUAAUCUAAAUGCAUCGAAUGGCAUCGUAAUACAAGAGUUUAGAAAGCAACUCUUUAAUAUGAGUUCUUUAGAGGAAUUGUUAGCCACUUGUAUAUGUAGCUAGCUAAGAGUAGCGACACUCCAGCUAACCAAAGCUGCUCCGAGGUUUGUUUUGAAAUUACUAAAGGGACAAAUCUACCAAGGACUAAAAACAAUGGAAACCACGAGCACAAAAAAUAUUUAUGCAAGUCGCAAAAGGAGGAAACCCGCCCUGAAAAGUGUGAAAGAGUCUGUAGUUGAACCUGCAAAGUCAAAUCCCUCUAAGAGGCACCGCGAUCGACUGAAUGGAGAACUGGACCGGCUGGCCAGCCUGCUGCCUUUUCAUAAGGAUGUCAUCGCUAAACUGGACAAACUGACAGUUCUCAGGCUGAGUGUUGGAUGUCUGCGUGCCAAGAGUCACUUCAAAACUGUCCUGAAAACCAGCAGCUCUAAUCAACCAGCAAACAUUGACGCAAAAGCACAUGUUCAGGAGUUGCCAGAAGGUGAACUACUGUUACAGGUCAUAAAUGGAUUUGUAUUGGUGGUCACCGCUAACGGCACAGUUUUUUAUAUCUCUUCAACUGUGCAGGAUUAUCUCGGGUUCCAACAGACAGAUAUCAUCCAUCAGAGUGUUUAUGAGCUUGUGCACACAGACGACAGGGCGGAGUUUAACCGGCAACUAGACUGGGCUCUUAACCCCAGUAACUCUGCAGACACUGGGCAACAAGUCCAAGAUACAGAAGGUUCACAGUUACACCAUACAUAUUACAACCCUGAGCAGUUACCUCCAGAGAACUCUGCCUUCCUGGAACGAAAUUUCAUGUGCAGGUUAAGAUGUCUACUGAACAACUCAUCUGGCUUUCUGGCCAUGAACUUAACCGGCCGUUUAAAGUUCUUGCACGGGCAGAAUGAAAAGACUCCAGAGGGCAAACCCAUUCCACCUCAGCUGGCCUUAUUUGCCCUGGCCUGUCCAGUUCAGCCUCCCUCCAUUCUGGAGAUCCGUGCCAAAAACUUCAUCUUCAGGACCAAACACAAACUGGACUUUACACCACUUGCAUGCGAUGCCAAAGGGAAGAUUGUGCUGGGCUACACAGAGGCAGAGCUGUGCUAUCGUGGCUCAGGCUACCAGUUUAUUCAUGCAGCAGACAUGCUACACUGUGCUGAGAACCACAUACGCAUGAUAAAGACAGGUGAGAGUGGUUUGACUGUAUUUAGGCUGCUUACCAAACAGAGUGGCUGGGUUUGGGUGCAGGCUAAUGCCAGACUUAUCUACAAAAAUGGCCGACCCGACUUCAUAAUCGCUUCUCAAAGAGUACUCAUGGAUGAAGAAGGAGAAGAGACCCUGAAGAAGCGUAGCCUUAUGCUUCCCUUCAGCUUCACCACAGGAGAGGCUGUACUGUAUGACAUGUCCUUUAGUGGCACUCCCUCUGGCCCAGAACCUAUUGCAUCUGUUGCUCCAGGAGACAGUAACCAACUGAAACUCCCUAGUGGGCUAGAUCCCAACUCUCUUCUUGGCUCCAUGCUAAAACAAGAUGAGUCUCUGUAUGUCUGCCCUUUAGGUUCAGAUGUGCCGAGCGCUAGGGACCACGAGGAAGAAGAGGACGAGCUUGGUGGGAUCUUUUCUAGUAACUGGCAGAAGAGCAUUCUUUCUCUCCCUGAGACCCCUCUCUUUAAACCAGAUCCUGUCAUUAGCUCUGGAGGGGAAGAGAAUAACUGUGAACUCAUGAACCUCAUGGGCAGUCUGGGGAUCACCCCAGAAGACUUAGAGCUCCUACAGCAAGAAGAGCUGUUCCUUAACAUAGAGCUGGAUGGUCGAUAUGGCUUUGAAGACUUUACUGAUGAAGUUCUCUCCUAUGUCCAAGACUCUCUUAGGAAGAAGGUGGACCUUGUACUUCCCAGCAGCUUUCAGGCCAAUCUGGAGGAGAAGUGUCUCCCUAGUAUUGCACCUCAACCCCAGCCUCCAUCACAACCCCCACUGAUCCCAUGGUCACAGGGUCAGCAGCAAUUUUUACAAAGUCCUUUAUUAUCACAGUCCCAGCAACAAAACUUGUCAUUUCUUGACAAGCCUCCAGAGCCAAAGAUGCAGCAGUUUAUACCAAAGCAAUCCUAUUUACAAUCUCAGCAAUAUACUUCUAUGCAAGAUAGGCAGCAAAAUCAUCAGGAGACCCUUGAAGCACUGAAUCGUCUGCCCAAACAGCAAAGCUUAACACAACCUGGACUUCAGAUCAAGCCACAACAGCAGCCAUGUCAUCCAGUGAACCACAACCAUGCAUACCAACCAGAGCUUUCUUGCUUCUUUUGCCCUGAGAAGGAAGUGUAUCAUACAUUGAAGCACACUGAGAUGAAUAGAAGUGAUGGUGUUAGUGUUACAGAGAGCUCCAUAGCUGAGCAGCUGCCAGCUGUCUUACAGUCUGGAUUGCAGCAUCCUGGAAGCUUUUAUCUGGAAACCAACCAGUUGCCUCAGGGUCUUCCAUAUAAGAACCAAUUAAACACUGUGUCCGUGAACUGCAACCAGGAAUUUGAUCCCUCCUACAUUCAUGCAGGUAACUCACAUGUGGGUGAGUAUUUGGAGGAACUGCUAACCUGCUUGGAUACUGUGGGUCAGGAGAAGCACGGGCAGUUUGGAGAGCUCCAUGGAGGUCAUACUCUCUGUGCACAGUCUAGCCUUGAUCAUAGCCUGCUCCAGCAGCCAUACAUAGGCCAGAAUCUUGCACAUGGGAAUCUGCAGGGGAGCUUUGGAGAGGACGGUAUUGAAGGCCUCGCAGCACAGCCUCCUCAGUGUUCUAGUGACAACAGACCCUACCCAGACCUGUCCCUGGGAUACAUGUGAACAUACAGCUACAUACAUGUGAGUAGUGUAGAGCAGAGCAUAAGGAGCUCACAGCCUAGCAGUGCUAAUGCUGGGAAAUGUGAGGGUGAGAUGCUCAGUCAGGACACGGAGCAAUAAUAGAAAAAAGUACAGAAUAGGAAAGAACAGAGACAGAGGGAAUAGGAGUGGGAAACAGGAAGUGUGUAAGAGGUUCUGAGCAACAGCAGACAAGAACAGAACUUGAAAGGUGCUGGAUGUAUUGAAAAGGAAAGGCAGUGCAAGAAAAUACCUGAGAGAAUAUGUGAAAUAUUAUCCUGUGUGUCAGAUUAACUGAUCUGCGAAGUAAGCCCAGCCAGAUCCAACUAAUGAAUAGAAAGUAUCCCCCAUGUGUGUGUGACAGGUGUGUGGGGGUGUAUCAUAGAAUGUGGAAUAGUCCUAACCCUUCAUCUGCAGUCACUUGAUCAUUUGUUCAACCUUCGUGAAGUUGAUUUCUAUCAUCCGCCUAUAUACAGUGGUCCAAAAUGUUCCUCUGGGACAAAAAUACAAAAUGCAAAAAAUAGUGCAAAAUGUCAGAUAAGAGGAAAAAAUCCAUAUAGCACAAUCAGUUACAGAACAGUGCAGGUCAGGGCAGGUCUGUUUUAUUUUUUAUGUGUGUAAAACUGCACUUAUGGAAUAAAAAGCUAAAGCAAAUCCUUUGAGUAGCUGUAAUGACAAGUAAGCCAUUAUAUUAUGAAAAGUUUUACGCAUUAAGUUUUUUAAUAUGCAAAAUGAUAUAAUGUCUUUAAUUUACUUCUGAUGUGGACUGCUAUUUUUCCAGGUUUUUUGGAGAUAGGUGAGGCCAAAUAUUUUACUUGGGAUUAUAAAAUUGUGAAAUGUUCUUUUUUGUAAAGUGUGAUUUUCUUUUUUUUUUUUUUUUUUUUUUUUUUUAACAAAGCAAGUG